GAAGGUCACGAAACUCACACCCAUUAACGUCGCGCACUUGGAUUGCAUUCAGACCAGGAGCAGCGUCAGCACGUAGUACCCCGGUUCACAAUGCGUCCAAUCCAGCAAUAACGCGCUCCAGACAUUUCUCGGAUAAUAUUGAAACUCCCAACGGUAGAAGUCCCACGGAGGAGACCGCAGGGGAAAAAGCAUCCCAGCGCGCCCGAUCCGUCUCAACUAGUAUCACUCAAAAAGGUCACGAGCUUCUUGAGCGCAUACGCGAAAGAAGGGGAAGCAGACAGACACCAACUACGGAGACCAUAUGUAAAAUUUGUCGCGAAGCGCGCGAGAUAUGGAAACGGUCAGGUGCCUGGUUCUACAAGACCCUCCCUCGACCAUCUUCCCCCGCCAUCAGUCCAACCAGUCCGGACAUGAUGUUAUCCCAAACCGUGAGCAGCCCGACCGAAUUGGUCCAACCGGUUACCGCAGCUCAAACGGAACAAGAACCAACCUCAUGGAUAAAGCUUCAACCACGAAGACAAUUCUCCAAACGCAUACAACGAGACCUGAAGGACCAACCAACAUCAUCCGCAAGCCAGAGGUUGGACAAACCUGAAGAUGGCCACUACUGGCUUUUCUUUGGUAUUUGGCAUUCAAGUCACAAGUCCACUGACCAAAGUACCAAUUAUGGAGUCGCUCAUAACAUCCCCCAACGGAACUACUCUCAACCAACUAGUAACGUCAGCUGGCUUGCCCACCCGCCCAAGUUCGUCCAGUUUUGGGCAAACAGAACAACAGCGAAAAGUGAUUGGAGGUGAACAUCCGCCUGCCAGUACAAUAUCCAACAUGAGCAUGAAAUCUGUUCCCGAUAUUUCAACCAGUCGGCCAGGACCCAAUCAGACCCCACUCACGUCCUUACCUUAUCAAACUUCGUACUUCAACCAAAAGCCUCCAACCUCUCCAUCAGCAUCAUUACUUGCUUCCUCGUUUGGUGCGGCCAGUUCCUCAUCCAAAAAGGUGGCCAGUCUGACAGGCGAAACCGAAUUACCCGCGUUAGCCGGAACAAACCAGCCAGCCGUCACAGUUCGAGACACUCGGACAUCUAGCGAUGAUGGUAUGUGA